UCAGCCGCUCCCCCCACAAAAAAUUCCAAAACCCAAAUUGCCCUAACACGACAUCGUUUCCCCGCGAGUAGAUCUCACUUCACACGCCCGAGGAGGUGCUUGUUCCGUUGCCGAAAAUUAGAAAACGAAAGGCAGGGGGAGGGGAAACGAACAGCGUCGUCUCCCAUUAUUAUAGCUGCCGCAGUGCAGCUCCCAUGGUGGCCGUUUCUUUUGCGGAGCAGAAGCGUGUUGCUCAAGUUGCUUGCUAUUUCCGAUCUAUUCCACCGUCUUUGUAGAAUCAUUCUCUCGCUUCAAUCCAUCUCAGGUUGCCAAACAAGGGGAUGCAUGUGAAUGAUGGUUCUCUGUUUGGUUGUUAAGAAAAGUGCAGUAGAUGUGGACUAAAGAGGAGAAAGGAUCUUCUAAAUAUUUUUCAUUCUUUCUAUUUUCUUUUCCAGAGCACUUACUUUUCUGUUUCUUGCUUUGGCCUUACAUUCUGCAAUUUUUUCAUCUUCCUCUUUCUCACAGCGUUAGCUUCCUUCCGAUCAAUUUGAAGGUCCGAUUCCGGAAGCUGCUGCAUCCAGUCAUGCAUUGUUGUGCUCAAUAUUGUGAUGAUGAUCCACUUUUUGUCUAUCCAUGGAUGGGCAUUGUUGCAAAUAUUCCAACCCAUGAGGAUAAAGAUGGAAGGAGAAUAGGAGAAGGUGGAAGAAGACUCAAGGAGGAGCUGACAAUGAAAGGGUUUAAUCCUUUGAAGGUUCAUCCUAUAUGGAGUACAAAAGGGCAUUCAGGAUUUGCCAUAGUUGAAUUCAACAAAGAAUGGGAUGGUCUUAAGAAUGCAAUAAUGUUUGAGAAUAGUUUUGAAAGCAAGCAUUGUGGCAAAAAGGAAUUUUUUGCCUCAAGACAUCUAGGAGAUAAAUUGUAUGGCUGGGUUGCACGUGAUGAUGACUACAGGUUUGAAGGUCCAGUUGGUAAUUAUCUUCGUAAACAUGGAGAUUUGAAAACUGUUUCUGGAAAAGAAGCUGAAGAUGCAAGGAAAGCCGCGACACUGGUAUCAAGCCUUACCAAUACUUUGAAGACAAAGAAUCUGCACCUUAAGGAAAUUGAAGGUAAAUAUCUUGAGACAAGUGCAACAGUUAACAAAGUGAUGGAAGAAAAGGAGGAAAUGAUUAAAUCUUACAAUGAAGAGAAAAAAAGAAUGCGGCAGGCUUCUCAUGAUCAUUUUAAGAAAAUUUCCUUGGAGCACGAGAACAUUACAAUGGAUCUAAAAAAUCAGCAAAGGGAAUUGGACCGGCAAGAGAAAGAACUACUGCAACGUGCAGUCCAUAAUAAAUCUGAGAGAAGAAAACUAGAACUCGAGAAGAAGAUGAAUGAGAGAGCAACCCUGGAGCAGAAAAAGGCAAAUGAGAAUAUGCUAAAGCUGGCUGAAGAUCAGAAGAGAGAAAUGGAGCAACUUCACAAAAAAUUCAUUGAGCUGGAAAAGAAGGUUGAUGCGGAACAUGCUCUAAAAUUGGAGAUAGAACGCUUGAAAGGAGCUUUACAAGUUGUGAGACAUAUGGGAGAAGAAGAUGAAGAUGUAGAAACAAAGCAAAAGCUGGUUGAGAUUGCGGAGAAUUUAAAGCGAAAAGAAGAAGAAUUGGAAUAUUUUGAAGUACUUAAUCAAACUCUCAUUGUCAAAGAACGCAAAUGCAAUGAUGAAUUACAAGAGGCUCGCAAGGAGUUAGUCAGUAGCUUAAAAGAUGUGAAAACAUCUGCCAAUAUUGGUGUCAAGAGGAUGGGAGAGCUUGACAAUAAACCAUUCCACACCGCAGCCAAGAGAAGAUACCCAGCUGAUGAGGCAGAUGAGAAAGCAGCAGCACUGUCGUCAAUGUGGGAGGAUUGUCUUAUGGAUCCAAAGUGGCAUCCUUUCAAGAUUAUCACUGACAAUGAAGGAAAUCCUACUGAGAUGAUCAAUGAAAAAGAUCAAAAAUUGAUUAAUCUGAAGAAUGAGUUCUGUGAUGAAGCAUACAAUGCUGUAAUUACUGCCUUGAAAGAAUUGAAUGAGUACAAUCCAAGUGGUAGGUACCCAAUACCAGAGCUGUGGAAUUUCAAGGAAGGAAGGAGGGCAACACUGAGUGAGGGAGCAGUACAUAUACUGAAUCAAUGGAAACAACUUAAAAGGAGGAGAAAAUAAAAGGUUUGAGUGUUUAUCAGAACUUCAACUGUACAUCCUUGAGGUCAUUAAUUUUAAGAGUUGCAACAUUUUAUGGUCUGUUGCUGUCUGAGUUAUCUUUACCAUUACUGAUCAGAUGGAACUACUGAAAUCUUAAUAACUUUGCCUUUCCCAAACUUGGCUAAGUCGUCAGUAGAUGGUUUACACAGACAUGGUAGAAUAAUUAACUAGUUCAGUUUUUUCUGGAACUACUCUCAGCUAUAUAUUUAGUAAUUACCACAUUCCAUAGAUGGCUCGUUGGUACUUUUUCCCCUUUAUAGUCGGAGGAAAUCAAUUGCAGUCUUGACU